AUGGAUGCAGCUCGUUUGGAGGCCGCGUUAGGCCACAAGCAAGAACUUGUUCGGAAUUUUGAUCUAGUCAGCUUGACCAGUUUGGGCAUUGUCAUCGCAAAUUCGUGGGCUUCUACCGGCGGCACGAUUGUCACGGCUCUGGAGAAUGGCGGUCCCAUGGCCGUCCUGUAUGGACUCAUCCUCGUUAGUGUGUUCUAUACUCUGAUCUCCGCAUCGCUCUCGGAGCUCGCCUCCUCCAUCCCAUCGGCCGGCGGGGUGUAUCACUGGGCAUCUGUACUGAGCAGGAAACAUGGGCGGGUGGUCGGGUUCUUCACCGGCUAUCUCAACGCCUGUGCCUGGCUCCUCUCCGGAUGCUCCGUCGGCUCCAUGCUAGGCAAUGAAGUCGUUGCGAUGUACAUUUUGCGAAACCCCGACACAAAAUGGCACCCCUGGCAGGUUUUUGUUGCGCUCCAGUUGCUCAUCUGGACUUGCUGUGCGAUCGUUUGCUUUGGCAACCGUUUCAUUCCUUUGAUCAACCGCGUCGCACUCAUCCUCUCCAUGGGAGGGUUAAUCGUGACCAUUGCGGUCCUCGCUAUUAUGCCGAAAAAGCACGCAACAAAUGCAAGUGUCUGGAGCACAUAUAGCAACAGGACCGGCGGCUGGCCCGAUGGGGUCUGUUUCUUGACGGGCCUCUUGAACGCUGCAUUUGCAGUAGGAGUGCCCGAUUGCAUCAGCCAUGUCUCCGAAGAAGUACCAAGGCCCGAAUUGAGGGUCCCGCAAGGCAUCAUGCUUCAAUUGCUCACAGGGUUCACCACCGCAUUCGUGUACCUCGUCGCCUUAUUCUACUCCAUCCAAGACCUAGACGCCGUAUUCCACAGCAACAUCGGCUUCUUCCCCACGGCCGAGAUUUACCGACAAGCGACAGGCUCUAACACAGGCGCUGUCGGGCUCGUGGCAGUCUUAUUUCUAUCCACCUUCCCUACCCUAAUCGGGACCUUCGUCACCGGCGGCCGCAUGUGGUGGAGUCUGGCCCGCGACAACGCGACGCCCUUCUCCUCAUUUUUCGCCAAUGUGCAUCCAACACACAACGUGCCCCUGCGCGCGACUGUCGCUAUGGGAGCGAUGGUCAGCGGUCUCGGGUGUAUAUACAUUGGCAGCACCACCGCGUUCCAAGCCCUAGUCUCGUCGUACAUCGUGCUCAGCACGCUAUCCUAUUUAGGCGCCAUAGUACCGCAUCUGCUGACCAGACGGAAGAAUAUCGUGCCUGGUCCGUUCUAUCUAGGCAGGCGUGUGGGGUUUGCGGUUAAUAUUGCCACCGUGGCGUACAUCCUGGUCACGGUUGUGUUCUUCUGCUUCCCACUUGUUCUGCCCGUGACGGCCCACAAUAUGAACUAUACCAGCGUGAUCACCGCUGGUUUGAUGGCCUUGACGGCGCUGUGGUGGGUUUUCCGAGGGAGACGGGACUAUCGGGGCCCGCAGUAUAACAUCGAAGCGGCGCAGCAGCUUGCAGCUUCUGAUACUGAAAAGGCGGGCUGUGGUUUUGAGCCGGAAGGGUGCAGGGAUUGUAGUGAGAAUCCUGGUUCCUAG